AUGGAAAACCACACAGCAGUGACAGAGUUCAUUAUUCUGGGAUUAACAGAUAAUCCCACACUAUGUGCCAUCUUCUUUGUUAUUUUUCUGGGAGUUUAUGUAGUUACCAUAGUGGGAAAUAUCAGUAUAAUCAUCUUAAUCCGAAGCAGCCCACAGCUGCACACCCCAAUGUACCUUUUUCUUAGCCAUUUGGCCUUUGUGGACAUUGGGUAUUCCACGUCAGUCACGCCAAUCAUGCUAAUGAGUUUUUUAAGAGAGAAAACAACUAUCCCUAUCACUGGUUGUAUAGCCCAGCUUGGCUCUGAUGUCACUUUUGGGACUACAGAAUGCUUCCUGCUGGCUACCAUGGCCUAUGAUCGCUAUGUGGCCAUCUGCUCUCCCUUACUCUACUCCACCCAGAUGUCCUCAGUGGUCUGCUUCCUCCUACUGGGGGCUUCCUACCUGGGUGGAUGCAUGAACGCUUCAUCAUUUACAGGCUGUCUGAUGAAUCUAUCUUUCUGUGGACCAAAUAAAAUCAACCAUUUUUUCUGUGACCUCUUUCCACUCUUGAAGCUUUCUUGUGGCCAUGUUUUUAUUGCUGAAAUAUCUCCCGCCAUCUCUUCUGCAUCCGUCCUCAUAAGCACACUGUUUACCAUAAUUGUGUCCUACAGCUACAUCCUCCACUCAAUUCUGAAUAUGCGCUCUACUGAGGGGAGGAAGAAGGCCUUCUCAACCUGCACUUCCCACCUCACUGCCGUCACUUUGUUUUAUGGGACAGUUUUGUUCGUUUAUGUGAUGCCCAAGUCCAGUUAUUCAGCUGAUCAGGUCAAAGUGGCCUCUGUCAUCUAUACAGUGGUGGUCCCCAUGUUGAAUCCCCUCAUCUACAGUCUGAGGAACAAGGAGGUGAAAGGGGCCAUGAGAAAACUAAUGGCCAGAACACACUGGUUUUCCUGA